UUACUGAAUAGCAAGAUGACUAGCGUGAUUGAUAGAAGUUCAAGUGAAUAUAAUGUAUUGUUUAGAAAUACAAUAUUGCAAUGUCAAGAAGAAGAAAAAGUUUAUCUCCGUGACAUUCAAGGUUUUCAAAGAAUUGCCGACGAUACUUUUAUUUUCAAGGAAAUCAGUUUUCUCAAUUUGAGUAAAACUGCUUUACCGACUGCGUAUCUCUUUAAACCUCCAUUACCAUGGGAUGAACUAACAGAGGAAGAAAAAUGUAUGACUCACUGGAUUGAAAAGAGCCAUCACGGCAUAGAAUGGGAUUCUGGAGAUAUUCCAUAUCACCGUCUUCAUAAAAUUUUAGAAAUAUGUACGCAAGGAGUCACAAAAUUAUUCGUCAAAGGAAAGCAGAAAGCAGAAUGGAUAAAAAAUUUAUUGCCCGAUUUAUCAAUCACAAACGUCGAAAAUUUUGGCUGUCCAUCGUUUGAAAAAAUAAUAUAUGAUAAGCAGUUCGUCUGCUUUAAUCACGAUCUCUGCAUUAGAAGAGUGCCUAUGUGUGCUGUUCGAAACGUUAUUGCAAUACGAACCUGGCUACUCGAUUAUUUAGAUGAUCGAUUUAGUUUAGAUACGGUGGAUAAUCAAAAUUCAAAAUGUAUUUGCUUAUACUGGAAAUCAGCUUAACUAAAUAAAAAAUGAUUUUAAUAAA